CCUCCUAAAAGUAUCCCAGGAGUGAGUUACCUUGACGGGAAACCCUCCAUAGUCGUUCGGCUCAAUUUUUCACUCCUAGACAGAAUCCCGCCAAACAUAACAAAGGAUACAGAUCUUAAAAGUCCAGAAAGUGGUAUUUCCACCAUGUCCUCAAUGUCUUCUAACACGUGUACCACAGCAUUGUCGCACCCAAUCUCUGGCACACUGGACAGUACAGACAGCCGUGAGGACGAUGCUCACCAGGAUCUGCUCACCGAUUCCUUCAAUGACAGUGCUGUGGAGGAUGACACACCUAGGCUGUCCUCCAAACAUGACAGCAGCAGGUCAAGUGAGGUGAAAUUGGAGGUGAAAUGUGAAAGUUCUAAAGACACCUGUGCUAAUGAUAAUACGGCAACCACUUUGUUAGGGAAUAGUUGUGUGACAAAAGAGAGCAAUGGUGGCUCUGUGGGCUCUACAGGUAGUGUACCAGAUCCAAGUGAAGAUAUCAUUACCCAACUCUGGGACAGCAGACCUGUGCAACCAGUACGCAAAUGGAAAUACCCUAAAGAUGGGGGCAGCGAGUCAAAGCAUCCAAAACCAAGUCCCAAGACAACUAAGCGAAGUGAACCCUCCCCUAUGCGAGAUAGCAAAUCCAGGGAUGACACAGAAGUGGAAACGAAAAGUCCAAGUAAAACAAGCAAGCGUCGUAGCAGUACAAGCUCUACCUCUAGUCACCAAAGUCAAAAAGACAAGGCCAAGAGACGAAAGUGUGACAAGGACAGCAUUGUGAAUAAAGACAAAGUGGAAAGAGUUAAGGAGGAAGUAGUAGAAAGUAAACUGAAGAAUGGUGAUAGUGAACUUCGCAUGACAGCUUCUCCAUGCCUUGACAUCUCAAAAGGAACCAUGCGAGCCAGUCGCUUGAUCUCAAAUCACAGACUUUUGCCUGCUGAAGAUUAUCUUGUAGAAGCUAAGAGGCUCAAACACGAAGCCGACAGUUUGGGUGACAAGAAGCACCGCUCCCUCAUCUACUUGGAGGCAGUGUUGUCGUUCAUUCUCAGUGGCUAUGCCAUGGAGCAGGAACAGAUCUGCGACUCCACACGUUAUUUUAAGAUGUACACAGACACCCUGGCCCUGCUAAAGUACACUCAUAUGGGCCGUUUUCGCAACAAUCACCAUGACAGUGAUGGACCCGGUGUUGAGAAACAGCUGACAGUAUUAAGUCUCCGCAUUCAGUCCCUGUUGUGCCUCAAACUGUUUAAGUUGAAAAAAGCUGAAACCUUGCGGUUAAAGAAAGUGAUUGAUGACCAUAAUAAGAUGUCCUCAAAGCCCACUGCCUCGGCACCAUCGCCCCAUCAGACUAGUUGGAAUAGCAGGGGGACAGGCACCCCCUCUCCCAUGUCUCCUACACCCUCCCCUGCUGGUAGUAUAGGCUCUGUCGGAUCUCAGAGCAGCAACUGUGAUGUGAACCCGUCCAAGCUAGCAAAUGGCAACUUGAGUACUGGUACGCUAAGCUCUCCCGGCUGUGUCAGUGUUCCACAGAGGAUACAUUCCAUAACCUCGCAGUACAUAAGUCACACCAGUUACCUGGUACAAGCUAUGGACCUGUGGGACCAGGGCGAUGCCGCCAGUGCAGAAUGUGGAGACUUCUUUGAAAGGUUGGAGUUGGAGACAAAAGUUCUGAGCCUCCACAGCAGUAUAAGGGAGCUAGUGCAUUAUGUCCAGCGGGGACUGGCUAGGUUGAAGGACACAUGACACUGGUUGACAGACUGGAGUUGUACCAAUGCUCAGCACCAGGCUUUCUCUUGAGACCACCACUCACCAGCUCUCUGGCCUAUCAGUCUUCCAUCACUAAGAACGGCCCUCUAGUCUGCCUGCAGCGCUCAGUCUGCGCCAGGGCAUUGCCUGUUUUAUAUAUAAGCCUUCAUGAAAAAAACUGAACUGUCAUUGUGGCAGGAGCUGAAAAAUAGUACCAAUUACAAGGAAGCAUUGAGGUGGAUUCAGCAUUGACAUGUGGCAUAAUGUAAAAAUGACAGCAGUCCUGACAAGGGAACUUUGUAUCCCAUUGGUGCACCAGUAAGCAGUGCAGUUUUAAAUGGAAUCCUGCGCGUAGCCAAGCGGAUAUCUUUACUAGAGGACGAAUGUUCAAACCAAGUGCUGCGAAGACAGGGAAAAAAAAGGACAUUAUUUUGU